UUGCUUUGGUUUCUUGGACUUUUGUACAUAUAUAUCUCUCUCUCUCUACAUACGAUUUCUCACUUUAGAGAUUGUGUACAUAGCCAAGUCACCACUACACACACACACAUACAUACACACACUAGCAAACGACAAACGAGUAGACAAAGGAACGAGCAUCUCUCUCUUUCUCUCAUCUCUCAAACAUGGCUCGACCAAGAACACAACCCUUGGGACUCUGGUCUUCUGUCUUUCUCUCAAACUGGCUUUUUAUCUGGAUAUUUCCCAUCCUCGCCAAAGCAACGCACACUCCCAUAAAGCAACUGCACUUUAAACUACGCAAGAACGAAUCUGCGAGGUACAAUGUGGACCAACUGGAAGCAUCCUGGAAACUCGAACUCGCAAAGCCCGUUGCUGAACGAUCAGUGCUCAGGGCCCUGGCGCGUGUGUAUGGCAAGACGUAUGCCCUCGUGGGAAUCUACAAGAUUGUCUGGGGAAUCUUUACUUGGCUUUCGGCUUACUGGCUUUUAAAGCAAAUUAUCAGCUUCAUCUCCUCCAAAGCUCCCUCGGCAAAGGAUGGUCACUUGUACGCAAUGGGUCUCUUGCUUGCUUCCCUAUUUAGCUCCAUUGCCAUUCACCAACUCUACGCUGAAUGCAAUCGGAUCGGCAUCCAAGUCCGCGCUGCAAUGACCGGUCUCGUUUACCGCAAAUCCUUGCGUCUCUCCCGCGUAAAGGGCGGUGCCGGCGAUGUCAUCAAUAUUUACUCGACAGACAUUACCCGCUUGGUUGAUGCAGUCACAAACUUUCACUUUUUGUGGUCCGCCUUUAUCGAAGCUGCUGCCAUUAUCAUUAUCGCCUUUGUCGAAGUCGGUCUCUCUGCUUUCCCUUGCUUGGGCUUUGUCUUGUUGCUCCUCCCCAUCCAAAUUUAUUUGGGUAAAAAGACGAGCACCCUCAACCGGAACCAAACCGCCGUCACAACCUCUCGUGUUCACAUCAUGUCGGAAAUUCUCACGGCCAUCAAGCUCAUUAAAUUCUACGCCUGGGAAAGUCCCUUUAGCGGAAAGAUUGCAGACAUUCGCAAAAAGGAAAUGGGCUAUAUCCUCUCGGGAAUGAUUGUCAAGGCCAUCAACUUUACCGUCGUCUUUGCCGUGCCCGUCUUUGUCGCGCUGACUUCCCUCGGAAUGUACGUGGCAUUGGACAAUGUCCUCACCGCUGCCAUCUCCUUUACCAUCUUGUCCGUCUACAACACACUCCGUUACCCGUUCCUCAUGCUGCCCUUGGCCGUGAGGUCGACCGCCGGAGCGUUCACGGCCGUGGUUCGUUUGAAUGAGUUUUUGGACCUGGACGAAGUGGAAGAGCUCAAGCCUCAGACUCCGCCUCCCGGCUGCGACCUGGCCUUUGACAUGAGCAACUGUGAUUUCAAAUGGGACGGCGUCGACACACCCGAACCGACGCUCCAGGACGUGACGCUGCAAAUCAAGCGAGGAAGCAAGGUGGCCGUGGUCGGAGACGUGGGUUCCGGUAAAUCGUCUCUCAUUGCCGCUCUCUUGGGUCAAAUCCGUCUAGUGGGCGGGCAAGGCUUGAAAAUGUACGGAACCACUGCCUACAUGUCCCAGGAAGCGUGGCUACUCAACAUUACCUUGAGGGACAAUAUCCUCUUUGGCAAGGAUUACGACCGCGCUCGGUACAAGGAAGUUGUCCGCGUCGCUGCGUUGCAGCGAGACUUGACAUUGCUGAUUGCCGGUGACAAGACCGAGAUUGCCGAACGAGGUGCCAACUUGUCUGGCGGUCAAAAGCAGCGUGUUUCCUUGGCGCGGACCGUCUAUUACGAUGCAGACAUUUUGCUCCUCGACGAUCCCCUCUCAGCUGUUGAUCAGCACGUGGGAGUUCACAUUUUCGAAGAGUGCUUUGUAAAGUAUCUCAAGGAAAAGACGGUCAUUGUCUCCAUGAACCAGCUCCAGUACCUUCCACGCAUGGAUUAUAUUGUCGUCAUGAAGGAGGGCCGCAUCGCCAUGCAAGGUACCUUUGACUACCUCAUGGCCAACCACCCAGAAUUCACCGAAUUCUGCAAGUCGGUCGCUGUCCCAGCCUCUACCGAGGGUGUCGACGACGAGCCCGGUGUCCCCAUGAACAGCCCAGAGUUUGACAUUCCAGAGGAGAAAACGUACCAAAUUGAAAACGAAGAUAAUCACUUUUCCAACAAGACGCUCGAAAUCCCCGACCCCAAGCACAUGAUUGAGCUCAACCAGCUCUCGGUCGUAUCGCGGAACCAGCUCUCUGUCAAAUUCAAGGAAAUCAACGAAAAGACGAUUCGAACGGAAAUUGAAAAGGAUGCUGGCACAACCAUUCGGAGUAUGGGCUCUGGCCACGAUUUGGCUGAAGCGGUUCGGAGAAACGAGCUAUCCGUGUAUAGCAUGAACGACGUGGAAGGUCUUGAAGAUGUCAUGAACGCACGCAAGGGACAGCUCGUUCAAGAAGACACAUCGGCUGCCAGCACUGGGUUUGGCGAUUUUGCAAAGUACGGUCGGGCAGGUAAAAAGGACGGUGCUGGACCGGCGGUCACCAUUACGGUCAUUUGCUUCUUCUUUGUUGUCCAUGGUAUCCGUAUUGGAUCUGACUAUUGGCUUCGUCUGUGGGUUCCCCGUAUUGGUGGAUUCACGGAUGCAGUCUACCUCGGUGUCUACGGUGCGUGUACCAUUGCCUUUGCCCUCGGCGUGUUGAGCCGUGGUCUCCUCUUUGCCUACGUGUCCACCCGUAAAGCCACCGAUUUGCACGACAAUAUCUUUGGUGCUGUCAUUCGGGCUCCCAUGUCCUUUUUCGAUGCUACUCCUCUAGGCCGAGUCUUAUCUGCCUUUUCAAAGCACCAACUGCACGUUGACGACACGCUCCCUGACGCUGCCAUGCAAGGAUUGCAGUAUGCACCGCUUGGAUUGGGUGCGCUCAUUCUCUGUGCUGCAGUCGUUCCAUGGAACUGGGCCCCGUGUAUUGGUCUCGUUGUACUGGGUGGUAUCGUCAUCAAAGUGUCUACCCCUGCUGAAACAAAGACAAAGGCGCUGGAAGCCAUCAGCAAGCCGCCCAUUUUCAACCAUUUGACGGCGACGCUGGAAGGCUUGUUUUCGAUUCGAUCUUACCAUGCUGAAAAGCGAUUUGAUGACAUGAAUUUGGAAAAAUUAGAUGCUAACCAUAGUGCCAUGAUGGCAGCCAUGAAUGUUCGCUCGUUCCAGGCUUUGUACCUAGACUUUUUGUCGUCGUUUGUCGUUUACUUUACCGCCUUCCUUGUUGUCGUUUCGCGUGACGAGGGAGACAUGGCAUCCAUUGCCGGUCUCGCGCUGUCUAACGCGCUCCAAAUGCUCGUCUUUGUGCAAUGGACGGUCCGCAUGUGGGGUGAAGUCCAAUCUCAAAUGUCUUCAGUUGGACAAUUGGUCUACUAUGCCCAAGUGAAGCCGGAGGCACCCGCAGUGGUUCCCGACAAUCCUGUCCCAAAGAACUGGCCAGACCAAGGAAACAUUACCUUCAAGAAUGUUGUGCUUCGGUACAAGGAAGGCGGCGUGGAUGUUCUCAAGAACAUCAACCUGAAUAUCAAGAGUACCGAAAAGAUUGGUAUUGUGGGCCGAACGGGGAGUGGAAAGAGUACGCUUUUGACGGCCCUCUUGCGUAUCGUUGAGGUGGCUGACGGGCAAAUUACCAUUGACGGCGUGGACGUGAGCAAAAUAGGACUCAACGAUCUUCGAUCGAAUAUUGCGAUUAUUCCCCAGGAACCCGUCCUCUUUGUCGGUACAAUUCGGUCCAACUUGGAUCCGUUUUCCAAAUGCACGGACGAAGAAAUCUGGAAAGCCCUCGAUGCCGUCCAAUUGGGCGACAAGAUCCGUGCCAUGGCAGCCAAACUCGACAGUGAAGUCAUUGAAAACGGCAAAAACUUUUCUCUUGGUCUUCGUCAAUGUGUCUGCAUUGCCCGUGCCAUUUUGUCCAAAUCCAAAGUCCUUGUCUUGGACGAAGCGACUGCCGCCAUUGAUUCCCGCACGGACGCCAUGCUCCAAGACACGAUCAAAAAGUCUUUUGCAAACCUCACUGUCCUGACGAUUGCCCACCGUCUCAACACCAUUAUUGAAUCAGACCGUGUCCUUGUGUUGGAUGCUGGUCAGAUUCUAGAGUUUGAUGAACCAAAGAAACUACUUGAUAAAGAGGGCGGUGAUUUCCGGAGUUUGGUGGAGCAGACUGGGCCGGAUGAGUAUCGGAUGUUGUAUGGCCUUGCGGAGCGGGCACAUGAGGAGCGUGUAAGGCGGGCGGAUAGCACUACUACGUGUAUUGUGGAGUAGAAGAUGGAUUAUUGAACGAUUUGGAUAACAAACAAGUUUAUUAUGGGAAAGAUGUAUAAUUUAUAAAAUGGGGGAAUUUGUAUAUUGGGUUUGUUGUAUGUGUUUAGGACAUUCUAAAUAUAUACUAGAGUUGACUUGGUUAAAAGGA